UGCCAGCACUGCGUGUGUAUAAACAGCUGGCAAGAAAACAGUUGGCAAUAAGAAAGAAGUUUUUGUUGAAAUGACGGCGUAAAACCCAUUAAACCAAUUACCAUUAUUGCACGAUCGAGUCGCCGUACAUAUGCGUAUAUAGUAACGUAGCAGAUAACAAACAGAGAGAAGAAAAAGCGGCGAAACACGCUUAACAUAUGGACGUGCUCUCCAAGAUAACGAACGAAAUAUCUACUUUGACAGGUACUCCCGAUAAUAUAUAAUGGUGGCGGCCAAGUACGAGCGCCUGAAUUCCGGCGAGGUGAGUGCAAAUGGAAAUGCCAGCGAAGCGGAAGAAGAGGAAAUCGAGCUCAAUCUCGGCCAGAAAUCGCAGAAAACGACGCUGAAUAAUGGAAACCGUUCACGGCAGAGCAACUUUAAGUACGCUAUCGGCAAGUCCGGACCGGGAGAAACCCAGGGAGUUGGGGAGACCAGCACUUUAGCCCAGGAGAACAUGAUGAUGCAAAUGGCGGUGGGCACGUUGGCCAUCAUUCUUUUGUAUCUGACGCUCUCCAUCUCGCUGACCUUCUACCAAACGGACAUCAAUCGGCAGAUGCCCUUUCCCCUGGCCAUCGUGACGUACCACCUUGUUGUUAAAUUUCUUCUGGCCGCGUUGGCGCGAAAGAUUUACAGGAUGAGGAUGGGCCGAUCCAGGGUCCAGCUGGAUUGGAGAGUGGCCCUGAGGAAAAUGGCACCCACGGGAGUUGCCAGUGCCAUCGACAUUGGGUUCUCCAACUGGGGGCUAGCCCUGGUGCCCAUUUCCCUGUACACCAUGACCAAGUCCUCGACGAUCGUCUUCAUCUUGCUGUUCGCCAUCGCUUUGGGCCUUGAAAAAAAGAGCUGGUAUCUGGUGUCGAUUGUGGGCCUGAUAGGCACCGGGCUGGUGAUGUUCACCUACAAGUCCACGCAGUUCAACGCCCUGGGCUUCUUCUUCAUCCUCUUCGCCUCGCUGAGCAGCGGACUGCGGUGGAGUUUUGCGCAGUUCAUAAUGCAGAAGUCCAAGCUGGGAUUGCACAACCCCAUCGACAUGAUCUACUACAUGCAGCCGUGGAUGAUUGCCUCUUUGGUGCCACUAGUCUUAGGAAUCGAAGGGGCCAACCUCUUCGCAGUAAGCGAGGACCUGCACAACCACUCCUCGCACGAGAUUACCUGGGCUAUUGCGAGGAUAACCGCUGGAGCCCUGCUCGCCUUCCUCAUGGAGUUCAGCGAGUUCCUGGUACUCUGCAAGACCUCCAGCCUGACGCUCUCGAUAGCCGGGAUCUUUAAGGACAUCUGCCAGUUGGCCCUGGCCGUGACCCUCAAGAAGGACCAGCUGAGUGUUAUCAACUACAUCGGCUUGGUCAUCUGCCUGGCGGGCAUUGUGUGCCACCUCCUGCACAAGUACACCAGCAUGAAGGAGACGCAGAGGCAGCAGAAGGAACAGGGGUUCAACGACGACCAGGACGAGUCGCCCGCGGGGGAGUACAACUUCAACGAGGGCAGUGCGAUUGCGGGAGUGCAUGUGAAGUCGCACUCCACGCUCACGGUGCCAUUGCUGGAGCAAACUGAUUCCGAGGACGAGUCUGGCCACGACCCCAGCAACAAACAGAACGCCUCCGAUGUGAUCUUCGAUGUGCUGAAGCGACGCGACAUGCAGCGAUGAAAGCCGAUCCUUGUACAGAUGUCCUGUAAAUGUUGUAAAUUCAAACGAUCCUAUGUUACGAGCUCCAUUCCCCACACAACUACUUACUACACUGGGAUAGCAAUGCAGGUUUAAGUAAGUUAGUUAGUUUGAGAUUUCCCGGCUGCUUCCGACACUGAGAACUUUCCGAUUUCCCGGUUGCAUUCCCGCUUUGUGCAUUUUGCAGCUAUAAUUAUGAGGUAAAAAUUAAAAGAAAUAUAGAUAACUCUCUUUUUUGACUGCUUUCCAUUUUGACAAAACAAACAAGACAGCGGAACGAUCGGUAAUCUUUGGACAACAGGUAUUAGUUUUCCACAAUUCUCUUAAUUUUAUCUGAACAUUUUUAAAUUGUCAGCUGUUUUGUGCCAAUUAUCAACAUUUCUAAUUUGCAUUUUAAAAUUUUUUGAUUGUUGUCCAACGCUACCUUCAAGCCCCAAAAACUAUCUCGUUUUUUUUUCGUAAGAACUUACAAUUAAGUCUUGAAACCUCUGUAAAAAUAAGAAAUAAGAAAGCCUUAAAGACCUUUUAUUGUUCCUUAAUUGGCAACUCCAAUCCGGCAUUCCAAAUUUAUUUGUAAACAGUUUAGUUUUAAGAAACUUUGCAUUUGACAUCUUGAAAAAUGUCUGAUAAAAUUAAACACGAGCCAUUGUUUUUGUAGAAAAUUAUAAAUAACGUCUUUAUUGUUUUAGUUGAUAACGCCUCAUUUUUGUUGAGUUUUUGACAUUUUGUAUUCAUAAGUUUAUAAGGUAAUUUCAAGUAUAUAUUAAACACGUAUAUAUUAAAGAAUAUAACGAUUACGAUAUGGCGGCGGUUCAAAU